UGGUUAAAUACUAAAUAACUAUCGUAAAAAUUUACAUCGACAUUUCAUAUAUAAAUAUUAAGAAAACGAUUGCACUCCAGCAUCAUUUUUUUUGUCUAAAAUGAAUAAGAAUGAAAAGAAAAGUAGUUUAACUAAGAAAUUUGUUAAGGUUUUUAAAGAUGCAAACAAGAAAGGAGUUUCGCAAAAGGAGAUUCGAAAUAUUUUUGGUACAAAAUCGGAAAACGGAUUUAAAAAAGUGGACUCUGGAACAGGGAAAGCAAAGGAAAAUGACAAGGCGACAACUCCUAAAGAACCGGUUAAGGAAAAUAAAUGGAUUUCAAGGAGAUUUUCUUUCUUAUAUUCCAAAUAUAGCAUGUACGCUUUAAUUUACACAUUUGGAAUAUUAAGUGCAGUGAUUACAUUGACAAUUAAGGAAACAAUUACCGAUAUGCUGGCAGACAAAUGUAUAAUAGAUCACAGUUUAUAUGCAUCGGAAAUGGCAAGGCCAUUGGUACAGUGUGGCAUGUGUAAGAAUUUAGACAGCAUCCCUGUAGAGCACGCCAUCUCAGCUGAGGACUUUAACCGUAAAUACGCUUAUAGUUAUGUUCCUGUGUUAAUCAAAGAUGCAACCAGCACUUGGUCAGCUAUGUCAACCUUCUCUUACCAGUACUUUAAAGAUCUGUAUCAAGGUACAAGGGACUCUCUGAAAACUGUGGAGGAAGAUUGUCUCUUUUUCCCAUACAAAACCGACUUUGACACAUUAAGCGAUGUUUUCAAUAUGUCAGAUAAGCGAGCAAACUUUGAAGAAGGGGAGGACCCAUGGUAUAUUGGAUGGAGCAAUUGCCACAAGGAAGUCAGGGAUAAGUUAAGGAAACAUUACGAACGACCCUAUUUUCUACCAAACAACUCAGAAUCCAGCACCCUUGAUUGGAUCUUCAUGGGAGGUUCUGGAAAUGGAGCACCUGUUCAUUUAGACUACGUAAUGCGACCUUCCUGGCAAGCACAGAUAUCCGGCAAGAAGACGUGGUCACUGGUACCCACCCCUGAAUGUGAAGCCGAGUGCAAGAGUUUCAAUGUGACUGUCCAUAAAGGAGACAUAUUUGUGGUAGACACUAACGUAUGGUACCACUCUACUUUCAUCCAUCCUGGAGAAAUAAGUAUUACUAUUGGAUCGGAAUAUGACUAAUUCAACAAACAUGUAUGCCAGAUGGAUCAGAACUAACAAACAGUGGUAAACAGUUUGAUAAACUGAAAAAUGUCAAAGGAAGAGAAAACUUAUCUUUGUUGUUGAUACAUUUCAUAAUUGGUGGUAAAGUUAUUUAUCAAAAAAGGCUGUGUUUGAAAUUUUUGUUUGUUGAAAUGGAAUUCUUCUUCACACCAAUUAAAUUUCUGUGUAAUUUUCA